AUGCGAUGCGAUGAUUUCGACGUCGACGACGACGACGACAACGAGGAUGACAACAACAACAACAACGACAACGACAACGACGACGAGGAAGAUCGUGGUGUCGGUGUGCAUAUCGAUAUAGCAUCAACUCCUGCUUUCAUCCUGAUCUGA